CGCGGAAGUGAGCGAACGCUUCAAACGGAGCUCUGAUUUUGUAGUUUUAGAUCUGCAAAAUUGGGCGAAACCAUUCGAAAAACCAAACUUCGAAAACAUGGGUCUUUAGUUUUAGAGAAUUCAUUUAUUCUCAUUUCUGAAUCAUUUGUUGGCUGUUGCCGUAUUGUGAAGUCACAAGACGCAACGCAGAUAGCUAGAGGUUCCAAAAAAAACUAAAAGGGAUUCUUCGUAUGUGAGAGCGAUGAGGGGGUCGGGAACUAACGCAGUUUCUUCUUCUUCUUCGUCUUCUUCGGAAAGCACUGACAUGUCGAUCUCAGGGCUCCGUGAGAAGCAUCAACAGGAACUAGAAAUUUUGACACUAACCACACAACCCUUCAAAACAUUAAAAUUCUUCACAUUAGCUGUUAUUGAUUUUAUGAAGAAGACAAUAUUAUAUUUGUUGGCAAAAGGUGGGUGGCUUUUGCUGUUCAGUGCUUUUGUAGGAGCUUUUGGCAUAGUGCUGAUGACCAUUGAUGGUCCUCAUGAAAAGCAUAUUGAGGAGCUUCAUAAUUAUUUCCAAUUCGGAUUGUGGUGGAUAGCCCUUGGUGUUGCAUCUUCCAUUGGCCUUGGAUCUGGUUUACACACUUUUGUCUUAUAUCUGGGUCCUCACAUAGCAUUUUUCACAAUUAAAGCAAUGCAAUGUGGCCGAGUUGAUUUGAAAAGUGCUCCAUAUGAUACAAUACAAUUGAAAAGAGGUCCUUCUUGGCUUGACAAAGACUGCUCCGACUACGGGCCACCAUUGUUCCAAACAGUACAUGGUUCACGGGUUCCGCUUAGCAGGAUUCUGCCUCAAGUCCAGAUGGAGGCUAUUCUUUGGGGUGCUGGAACAGCUAUAGGGGAACUUCCUCCUUACUUUAUCUCAAGGGCAGCACGUGAGUCUGGGAGGGCCUUGGACGCCAUGGAAGAGUUGGAUACUGAAAAUAAAGGGAUUAUGGCCACUUACUUAAAUCAAAUGAAGCGUUGGCUCCUUUCACACUCCCAACAUCUGAACUUCCUUACCAUUUUGGUGCUUGCUUCGGUGCCAAAUCCUCUAUUUGACCUUGCCGGUAUCAUGUGUGGACAAUUUGGGAUUCCUUUUUGGAAAUUCUUUCUUCCAACCUUGAUUGGAAAGGCACUUGUCAAAACUCAUAUACAGACAGUAUUUAUCAUCUUAAUCUGCAAUAAUCAACUUCUUGAUUGGAUAGAGAAUGAGGUCAUCUGGGUUGUAAGCCAUAUUCCUGGUUUUGCUUCUAUCCUGCCUGAUGUGAUUUCAAAGCUCAAGGCAGUCAGAGAAAAGUAUAUGAAGGCACCCCAUCAAGUUUCUCCUCAGAAAAUCCAGGGGGGAAAGUGGGAUUUAUCGUUUGCUUCGAUCUGGAACACUCUCGUGUGGCUGAUGCUUUUGAACUUCUUUAUCAAGAUAGUGAAUUCAACUGCCCAGGGUCACCUGAAGAAACAGCAGGACCGAGAGCUGCAUGACUUCAUAGACAAAUCUGCACCCACCGAUUCAGAUGUGCAAUAAAAUACCUCUUCGCUUGAAAAUCCUCCUUUUUCUCUUUUUCUUCUUUUAUCUAUUGUGUAAAUCUCUAUUUCCUCUACCCGUCAUUGGGUUCUUCUUUCCCCCUUCUCGAUUUCCUGUGACUGGCAGGGGCAUUGAAACUUGAUUUGCGGCUAAUUAAUCCUCAAGUUGUAAACCACAUUAACCAGGCAUUGGUUUCAUUAGCUAUUGCUACGAUUGUACUAUGGGAGUCUUCCUAUUCUUUUGAAAUGAUAGACACAAAUUUUUAAUGUGACAUCUGGGACCUGAAAAUUUUUUUGGUAAGCACCAAAGAUACGGGAUUGUU